AUGGCCUUAGCAAGGCCGAUGCGCAUCCUGGUGGUGCUCAUCUGUGCCCUCUUCAUGUUCUUGGUUGUCCAAAUAUCCAAAACGACGCCAGAGGCGCGUCCACCCCCGGUCAAGCUGGACACCAUGGAAAGCGACCCCAAUCUGGACCCAACCGGCGAGCCCGAAGGAAUCCUGCACCAUGUGGAAGGAGACAACUAUGCCGCGGACAACCCCAAUUCGGAGCGAAUCAAUGCGACUCUCUUGUCGCUGGUCCGGAACAGCGAGAUUGACGGAAUGGUUCAAUCGAUGCGCGACCUCGAGCGAACGUGGAACCACAAAUUCAACUACCCUUGGACAUUUUUCAACGACGAGCCCUUUACGGAAGAAUUCAAGCGGAGGACAAAGGCCGAAACGAACGCAGAAUGCAAAUACGAACUGAUUCCCAAGGAGCACUGGGAUGUGCCCAGCUGGAUCAACGACGACAUCUUCCAAGAAUCUGCGCAGAUCCUCAAGGAGCAAGAUGUGCAAUACAGCAACAUGAUGUCGUACCACCAAAUGUGUCGAUGGAACAGCGGCAUGUUCUACAAACACCCGGCCUUGCUCAACACGCGAUACUACUGGCGUGUGGAGCCCAAGGUUCAUUUCUUCUGCGACGUUGAUUACGACGUCUUCCGAUACAUGCAGGACAACAACAAGACAUACGGGUUCACCAUUAAUCUAUACGAUUCGCCGCAAAGUAUCCCGACUCUCUGGCCCGAGACGCAAAAGUUCCUUGCCGACCACCCCACGUACAUUCAUGGCAACAACGCCAUGGAUUGGCUGAUUGACAGCGCUCGCCGGCCCGAGCACAAUCUCAAAGCCAAUGGCUACUCGACGUGCCAUUUCUGGUCGAACUUUGAAAUCGGCGACAUGGAAUUCUGGCGCAGCCAGGCAUAUGAGGAUUACUUCAACCAUCUCGAUCGCGCAGGCGGCUUUUUCUACGAGCGAUGGGGCGAUGCGCCUGUGCAUAGCAUUGCGCUUGGUCUUUUCGAAGACUCGAACAAGCUUCAUUGGUUCCGUGACAUUGGAUACCAGCACAUUCCCUACUUCAACUGCCCCAACUCGCCUAAAUGCAAAGGCUGCAGAACAGGUCUCUUCACCGAUGGCGAGAAAUUCUUGUACAAGGAAGACUGUCGCCCGAACUGGUUCAAAUUUGUCGGCAUGGGAUGA